UUAGUGGGCAGUGUAUUAGAAGGCACCUUGCAUCUUUUCAGUCGCUACCGACGUGCACCACGGGACUAUACCUACGCAGGUAGAGCGAAAAUUGUGUUUGAAGUCAAAUUUGAGGCACUGCUAUAGGAAAUAAGCACACAAGGAAAUUUCAUCGACACGGCAAAAAACUAGCCGUCGUCAUGGAGACCGAUGAAUCAACGCCCUUGCGGGUGUCUGAGCCGGACAGAUCUUACGUUUACAUGUCGGCCAGGAAUAGAGUGUACAGGUCGAAGGUGCGACAAUUCCAAUGCUGCAUUUGCGCCGGUUUGCUUGGCGUUUUCGUGCUUGCCAUGAUAAUCACCGUCGCCUACAUGGUGAACCACGACGUGGACGACAUGCCCAACGAAUUGGAGGCGAACGCCACAGAAACACCCUUGCAGCAGCUUCGAAUGCUCUUGAUGUCGCCCAGUGCGUUUAAAGACGCGGAGCAUUUGAAAAUUCCGGUCAAAGGGUACAACUCGGUGGAGCUGAGCGCGGCGUUCUCCAAAGCGGAGGCGGAUUUUAACAAAAGGGUGCAGGACGAAAAGAGCAACCCUGCCGUUCCCCUGUCGCCAUACCACCCGAGCAGCCUGCACCAGAAGGCCAUGUACAGCUCCACGUCGGCCCUCAGAGCGUCGCAGAGCGGACAAAUCAUUCUUGCCGCCACCAAGAACAUUUACAAAGACAAAUGGCAAUCUCCCAACUGGAAGGGUCGAGGUCCCCGACUUCCACCUUCUAAGUGGGUCACCGAGGAAUGGUGUCCUGAAGAGGGCGAUUCUGAAACUGCAAAAUGCGACCCGUCCUCGCCAUACAGGUCCAUUGAUGGCACGUGCAACAACCUGGUCAAUCCCGAGUACGGUUUGGCAAUGAAACCAUUCCGCCGACUGAUGCCACCGGCCUACGGAGAUGGCAUUUCGACGCCGCGGCAAUCGACUGGGCCAAAGCCGCUGCCAUCGGCGCGCGAGGUCAGCAUCACGGUGCAUCGCCCUGUCUACCAGAAUGAUCCAAAAUUCACAGUGGUGCUCGCUGUGUGGGGCCAGUUUGUCGACCACGAUUUCACAGCCACCGCGCUCAGCCAAAGAGCGGAUGGCACGCCGAUCACAUGCUGCAACACUGUUUGGCAGCAUCCUGAGUGUUUCCCAGUGCCUCUGGCCGCUGAAGACCCCUUCUACCAGCAGUACAACAUCACGUGCAUGGACUUUGUUCGUUCCGCGCCCGCGCCUACUUGCUCUCUAGGUCCUAGAGAGCAGUUGAACCAAGUGACUCCCUACAUCGAUGGGUCCGUGGUGUAUGGUGCCAACAAAGAGCUGCAGUCAGAGUUGCGGACUUUCACUAACGGUCUCCUACUCUCGUCGAGAUCGGCCGAUGGCCGCGAAUUACUCCCCGUCGAUCGUUCACCCAAGGACGGAUGCAACCAGGCCGAGGAAGCUGCCAAGGGUCGCUACUGCUUCAAAUCGGGCGACGCCCGCGCCAACGAAAACCUGCACCUGACCACCCUGCACCUGAUUUUGUCCCGAGAGCACAAUCGUGUGGCCGCCGAGCUGAAAGCGCGCAAUCCCACGUGGGAUGACGAAACGCUUUUCCAGGAGUCGCGCAAAAUUGUCGCCGCCGAAAUGCAACAUGUGCACUACAACGAAUUUCUGCCCGUCAUUCUUGGACAGGAUUUGGCUGACGAUUUGGAACUGACUCCGAAAACGAGUGGAUAUUACCACGGGUACAAUGCAUCUGUCAACCCGCAGAUUGCAAACGAAUUCGCGGCCAACGCUUUCCGUUUUGGCCACACCUUAAUGCAGGGUCUUUUGAGAAUGAUCGCGGGUGACAAGUCGAGCGAAGAUUAUGUUCAAUUGCACAAAAUGCUUUUCAAUCCUUUCGGACUUUACGAAACUGGCUAUAUUGAAAAGGCAGUGCGGGGAGCGACAAGGACAAGCGUGAACAAACCAGGCGGCUCGGUUUCUCCAGAGUUGCAAGGAAAUCUCUUCAAGCCCAAGACUGGACCUUGCGGACUGGACCUGGUGUCUCUGAACAUUCAGAGAGGCAGAGACCACGGUCUUCCUGCCUACCCUGCGUGGCGGGAGUACUGCGGUGGCACCAAACCAACGACUUUUGACGAAUUGGCAGAAACCAUGGAUGCGGAAUCCGUCGAAAGGAUGAAAAGCAUGUACAGCUCAGUUGACGACAUUGACCCAUACACCGGCUUGGUUUCCGAGACGCCAGUGACCACCAACGGAAUUUUAGGUCCGACCGCCACCUGUGUUAUUGCAGAGCAGUUUAUGCGGCUCAAAAAGGGAGAUCGGUUCUGGUACGAGACACCCGAAGCCCCACAGGCCUUCACACCAGCCCAACUGGAUGAGAUCAGAAAAGUGUCACUGUCCUCCCUUCUUUGUGACAACACGGACACACUAGAUGCAGUCCAACCCCGUGCCAUGGAGGCCAUCACCACAGAAAACACCAUCACUGCUUGCGCUGACCUCCCAAGACCAAAUCUGGACGCCUGGAAAAUGCCACCAGCAGUUCCUUUGGUUCAGCUAGCCGGUAUCAAACCCCGACCUGUACCAUCCAUCGAAGAACUUAAUAUUAUUCCUCGCGAUCCUACCAAUCCGAUCGACCGCGUGCCUAAUAAGAACGAGCUGGUUGUGGGCGCCACUGCUGUUGCCGGCACCGUCACUGGUUCUUAUGACGGAGGCGCCACUCAGGUCAUUUGGGAUGGAUCACUACCCAUGACCAUCCCCACUAACUUCAUCAAUCAGGUUCUGCCACCUGACGGCACACCUCUCACUCCGCUUGACCCUGCCCUAAUCGAUCACAGAGCUGGAGUAAUUUGGACAGGUUCCGUCGACCUCACCGGAACCAACAGACUUGAAAUCAAUGCCGACUUCUCAGUGCCAAUCUUCAUUGAGGGCACGGGCUUCACACAAAAAUGGUGGAAUGGUCACGCCAAGAUUCAGCUCAAUAUCAACUGGAAUUCCUCCGAACUGGUUGGGCAGGCUUUGGGUGACUUUUUUACUCCAAUCACGCUCAGAAGCAAGUUAAACUCUACUGCUGAGUACGGCAUUGGCGCCGUACCAAUCCUAUCCUCUUCCACGGUCACUUCAUUGCGCUUCCCCAUGCUGCUCCAAGGCACUUUCAACUUCGACCACUCAAUGUUUUACUGGAAUGGCAACGUAACGAUUGUUUACCCACCUAAACCAAAACCUGUUUUGCAAAUGUCUUACGGCAGUAAUGGAGGCUAUGGUGGGGUAUAUGGAGGCUCACCGUAUUGGGGAACGCCCUACGUGAAACCUCCAACUCGGCUUGUGAUCAGUGCGAAUGCCGUAACUGGCAGCAUUAGUGGUUCUUACGAUGGUGGUGCUGCGCAAACUUUGUGGGAUGGAACCUUCCCCGUCGCCAUACCUUCACCUUUCCUGGACAGGAAGUUGCCCCCAGGCACCGUUUUGCCCGCACCUGACCCGACCGUGCCCGUUGAGCACCGCGGAGGCGCCUUCUGGAAUGGAAAAAUUGACAUUAAUGCUAACGAUCAACUGGUUUUGUCAGGUUCUUUUUCAAUGCCUGUUUUCCUCCACGUUUCCAUGGCACCGACUGUGCAAAAGUGGUGGUCAGGAACUGCUGGAAUUACUUUCAACGUGAAUUGGAAUACAACAGAAAUUCACAGUCUGCCUGAAGCAAAGUAUUUCAGCCCACUCUCCUUUAGACAAAUCAUGAAGUUCGGCCCAAGCCACCCGUACUCCUUCCUGACCACGACCGACCCUAACGCGUUGGACAAAACGGCUCCGGCCCCUCUGCCCACCUUCCCGAUCAUUCUGCAGGGUGACUACAACAUUGACCACACUCAAUUCAUGUGGAAUGGAAAUGUCACUCUUGUGUUCCCCAAGGACAAACCAGUAGCACCUCCUUCUCUCCUUAUGGCGGCAGCUCCAACUAAAUCGGCAAAGAAACCAAAAUCUGUCAAACCUGCAAAGCCUGUCAAACCUAUAAAGCCUGCUGCGUACAGUUUUGGUGGAAACGUAACAUCUGCUUCUUAUACCUUAGAUGUCAACAACACAGUAACUUGGGAUGGGCUAGGACCAAUAAACUUCACCGUACCCACCAAGGGUGUUGGUCCUUUGGCUGCCAAGGACGCUUUCCAUGGUGGCUCUUCCGUGUUUACCGGAUCAAUUGAAGUCACAGCACCUAACACCAUUUCGGUCAGUGGCACUUUCGCUGUGCCGAUCGCCAACGCCUCUAACCCCUAUAGCCUGAUCUGGCAGUCUGGUACUAUCGAAGCAACCUUGAACGUAACCUGGAACGCCACGAUUCCCACUGUCCUCACCACUGAAAAUGACACCCUUCACUGCCUUAUCUUUUUGUCUUCCAAAGCCCCCAAAAGCAAAAGCCCAGUUUCUGAAAAUCUUUUGGCGGUGGCUCCAGUCGGUCCAGCCAUCAUGCCAUCGUGCUUCCUUAUCCUCUCAGGCUCGUCUCCAGACAACACCACAUUUACUUGGAAUGGCUCUUACGUAGCAGUGAUCAACCCUCCGGUUGGAGUCACACCACCACCCGUAACACCUGUUAGGCUGAAACGUUCAGCAGACAACGCUGGUGUCAAUGAUUAUACCCUAUCAAUAUCGCACGGAUACGUUCCUCGUUCAGCCACCCCAAAACCUUACGGCCAUAAAAUGGUUCUUGGAGGACGUGUUGUUCAGGGCAAAAUUACGGCAGCGAGUGGUGCGUCCCCAAAACGCUCUCUCUUCCACGGAUCACUACCAGUUUCCAUUGCAAUGCCAGCAUUUGACCGCUACUUGCCUCGCACUACCGCGGAAUAUGUACACCAGAACACUGGCCCCAUUUUCCACGGAAACGGUCCCAUUUGGUCAGGAACGGUCACCUACAGGACUGGUACGAACUUAAUAGAGCUUUACGGGGACUUCAGGGUGCCUCUGUAUCUUCACGGUGACACCUUCAAGCAGGAGUGGUGGUUGGGCCACGCUGAACUUGUCGUUGAAGUCGCUUGGAACAACACCCUCCUGGACUUUGCCCAGAUCGCCUCCAAACCUGACGCUGACUUUUACUCUCCUAUCCGUUUCCGACCUGACGAGGAUCCUGUGGCAGACGCUGAUAAAUACAACGUCAUCCAAAAGAGCGACCCUGACAUGAUGAUCGCCACACCCAUGCAACCACCUGACGAACCGUUCUAUCCUAAAGGUCCUAUGCCCAAGUUCCCGAUCAUUCUGCACGGCGCCGUGAGUGCUGACGGCAGCGCUUUUCUCUGGUACGGAAAUUUGACCAUGGUGUUCCCCUACACUGAAUGAUCUUUUGGAGAAAUCACUAUAUUAAUUGAAUUUGCUAUUUUUCGAUCUAAUCAUUUCCUUGCUGAUAAACCAUGAAAGUCACAAGACCCAUUUAAAUUGGAAGUUGAAAAUUGCAGGAGUAGUUUUUAGAGAAUAAUUAAAUUAUAAGUUUUCUUCUCACCAGCAGAACAUAUGUUUUCAAGAAUUUCAUCAUUGUUUCAUAUGGCUGCAUACUUGUCUACUUAACAGGUGCAUUUAUAAUUGCUCUCGGUUUAAUAUUUUGAUUUUUUGAAAAUUUAUUAAUUUCUUAAAUUCAGUUUGGAAACUUUGAAAGUAAUUUUUUUUAUAAAUUUUUUGACCUACAAACUUAUUCUCUCUGUGUCUUAUUUAUAUGAAUUUGCAUGAAAUGCUUGACGCGCUGUGCAAAUUAACAUUAUGUGAAGAUAUGAUUUAUUUUGUGUCAAUUUCUCUAUAUUAAAUAAAAAUUUGACUAAACUUAUAAUGUGGUGAUUGGUUUUAAUAAAAUUUAUUAUGAUAGCUAAAGUCAGUUGC